CGAUCGGUAACUAGUAGCAUUUCUUCGGGAAAAUACAAGAGUCGUGUUUGUAACACGUAAAAUUUAUAAAGAUGAAUAUCCGCUCUACAAUUUCCCAAAUUUUCCUAUUCAAUUUUUUUGUGACUAUCUAUGCACGUCAAUUUAGAGUUACAGAUCAAGUAUUUUUCGAUAUUGAAAAUGAAGAUAAACCAAUUGGUAGAAUCGUCGUUGGAUUGUUCGGAGAUUUAGCGCCAAAAGCAGUGAAUAACUUUAAAGUUCUUGCAACAAAAGGCAUAAAAGGAAAAUCGUACAAGGGCACUAGUUUUAAUCGAAUUAUUAAAAGAUUUAUGAUUCAAGGAGGUGAUGUUGUGUCUGAUGAUGGUAGCGGUUCAAUAAGUAUUUACGGCGAAGUGUUUGAUGAUGAAAAUCUAGAUACACAACACACCAAUGCAGGUUUUGUAUCUAUGGCUAAUAAAGGUAAAAAUACAAACGGUUGUCAAUUCAUUAUAACCGUUAAAGGUACACCUUGGCUUGACGGCUUACACACAGUUGUUGGAAAAGUCGUUGAAGGUCAAAAUAUCGUUCAUGUCAUAGAACAUACACCCACGGAUGUUGAUGAUCGACCAAUGAAGCGCGUGUUUAUAGCAAAUUGUGGCAUGUUACCUACCGAUCCAUUCUACGUUUCUGAUGAUCCAUACGACUUAUGGGGAUGGAUUAAGGCGUCGGCUGUGCCACUUACGAUGUCAUUUUCGAUACUCGGCUUCUUUCAUUGGAUGAUAUCAAAAAUAGAUUUCUAAAAUAUUAAUUUUACCAAAAUUUAUAUUUUGGACAGCAGAUAAAAAAGUAAAUUUUGUUUAUGAUAUUUAGUUUGUAAUGUUUCAGCUAUACAAUUAAUUAAAUUAUUAUUAUAUUAAGU